UUACCAGUCCGAAGUGAAUUUGUUUUCACCUGUGGAAUGUAGUAUGCGUCAUUAUACUUGAAUUUUACCGAUAUUUUCGGCUUUUAACAAUUUAGCUUUUAUGAUUUUAGGGACCAAGCACAGAUUAAUGAUGAAGUGGGUGCUGUUUGUGUGUUUCAUUUCGGCUUCUUUGAUCUCAGUUAAUGCUCAGGAUCCAGAAAUCGUUGAUGAGAUCUGGCCCGAGGUGAAACCGAUAGGUCGUACAGCGCGACUUAAUUGUACAGUUGCAAAUAAACUAACACAUACAGUGAUAUGGACACUGAAGAAGGAUGGACAAGCAGAUGAAGUCAUUAGUAGAGAUGAAUCCAUAUAUAUCUCUAUUAACCCUAGUAUUGGUGGUUUGAAAAAGUAUGAAGUCGAGCAACGAAGAACGGAAGAUCGGCAGACGUACAUGUUGAUUAUUCGUCGUUUACGAGAAUCAGAUGCAGGAAAGUAUGAAUGCUCUGUCAAGAUUCAAGCUGUUGAUCAUACGAAAUUUCCAAGAAAACUGGGGUCUUUAACCGUACAAGUGGCGCCAACGAUACGACCUGGUGACACCUCUACCAUUCUACAAGUGGAUCCUGGAAGUAAUGCUACAUUGAAUUGUGCAGCCUCUGGUAUCCCUGCACCUAACAUCACAUGGGUCAGGUCUGAUGGUAAAAAUUUACCUAGUGGAUCAGCUCAGUCUAGGGGAGCGGAAUUAAAAUUGAUCAAUGUUCAGGUAGAGCAUGCAGGUGUUUAUCGUUGUGUAGCAGACAACAGUAUCAAACCCCCAGCUCAUCAUUUAGCUCAAGUUUUAAUAUUUUACGCACCAUUAAGUCGAACUGUACAAGAUAGUGUUGGUCAAGCUCAGAACAGACGUUUCAGUGCAAAGCUAGAAUGUAUAGUCCAAGGUUAUCCUGAACCAUCUGUUAAAUGGAAGCGAUUAGUGAAUGGUGGUCUACAAGAUGUCAAUGAUAAUGAUAAAUUUGAAAUCAACAAACAGACAACAGAUAAUCAGAAUUUGUAUGCACGAGAACAGUGGUACACCCUUAAAGUUAAAACAGUCCAAGCUAAUGACUUUGUCGACUAUUUCUGUACGUCAGAAAAUCCCUAUGGUAAAGCCCAAUCCACCAUUCGUCUAUUUGAAACCACUGAAUGUCAGGGACCUAACUGCCCUUCUUUGGCUGCAGAUGCAAACACCAUCAACAUUUCUAGUGCUGUUGUCAUGGCAAUUACUGCCAUUUCAAUUUUUAUGUCUAUGCAAUUUUAAUUUCAUGUACAUGAACCUGUAUAAUGUUCUCUGAUACAGUUAGUAUUUUCUUUUUAGUAAGAAUUAUAUUUAAAGUUUAGCUAUAAGCUUUCAUAUGAAAAAUAUUACCAUUGAUUUGUCUUGCAGUGGGAAACUGCUACAUCUCAACAUUGAUAUAAAUACAUGAGCACAAGAAAAUUAUUCAACAUUAAACUAUAUUUUAAACUAUUUUGGUUCCCAGAUAAUCCUUCAACAGAAGGAGAUUCCAGAUGUCAAUGAGGAUAUUUAUUUAUUUUAAGUGACACAGCAGUGUUUGAGAACCAGAAUAUUAUUUUUAUUCGGCCUUAGAAAUCAGUACCUGGUGUAUAUUUUGUAAAUAUCAUGUUUCAAUUGUAUAAUAAUAUAUUUUUAUAACAAGUCUUUUAUAUAUACCAAACCUCUUAUAUAAACAUAAUCAGCCUUCUAAUUACAAGUGCUCCACUUUAUUAUAAACAUAAGAUAUACAAUGUUCUGUAGACUAGAAACCAUUAUUUUCAGUUCAAUAAGAUAUAUGCUAAUUAUUCAUAUUAGUGUAAAUACAAUUCUAUCCUCACUUAUUGCAGUUAGAAAGUUGGAAAUUUAGUUAGUAAAAUUCUGUAUUCUCUUAUCAGUGAGCAUUAAGUAAAGUUGCUAAAAUUCUGUACUCACUAAUCGCAAUUAGUAUAAUUUUUGUCAUCCUCUAUUCAUUCUGUUUAUUCCGGGUUUUGAACAUUCCGAGUUUGGAGCACAUCAAUAUUUGAUUUACCGUGUUAUAACAUUCAUUGCAUAUAAAAAAAUAGAAUAUUCCCUAACCAUAAAUUGGAGUAAUUACAAUUGGACAGGUUCCCAUCUACUAUUAAAAAUAUCUUUUGUAAAUGCCUGUUUUGAACAUGUUCCAAGCAUAUUUGGUGUUGGCAUACUAUGUUUUAAGUAUUAAAUAUGGAUGCUAUACAUAAUUAUGUGCUUCCUAAUUAUAGAUCUACACUUUAGAAAUUAAUGUUGAAAAUUUUCACAUUUUUUAAUUUUUGAUUUUUGUAUUGUCUGUUUUAGAGUUUUCAAUAUUCCAUACUCAUAGAUCACUGGUGUCGAGAUGGAAAUAUUUGUUUUUAAUUUAUCCGUUUUUCCUUCAUAUAAGAUUUAGAACAUAUAGUAAUACCCUAUAAUGUGUACAUAAAAUCAUUUUCUUUUAAUCAGUUUUAUUAUUAAAUUGAAUCAUUCCUAGAAUUUAUAUCUUUCAUUUUGUAAUAUCAUCGUUUAUAUUGAUAACAAGAUUUUUAAAUCAUGCAAUUAAACAUUUUUUAGUAA